AUGCAUCGUGUAGGACCGACAAAUUUUGCUAGAAUUCGUGCAAAAGUGCGGGAAAACAAGGAUGGGCAAGAAGUCACUCAAGCUGAGAUGUUUAUUGAAACUCAAAAAAGUCACAAGGGAAAACAAGUGGAUGAGGAAACCCAGUUUGUGAUUGAUAAACUUCAAGAAUCUAUUGAAACUUCAACUGAAGCUGGAACACAAACAUUUCAAUCACUACUUGGAAAAGAAAAACCCGGUAGAGUGAGAUGUUAUGGAAGAACUGUUACACCAUCAUUGUUGGAAAAAAAAGAAGAAAUUUCUUUAAUAAAAAUGCAAUAUGAUGGUAAAAUUUCUGACAUGACACAAAAGAUGGGAGCAAUGGAGGCACUUUUGAAAAGCAUGUAUAUGCAAGAAAAUCCACAUUUAAGUGAAGAGGAAGUAAACGGUAAGAUGAGAGAAGCCUUGCACAAUGAUAAUAUUCUAACACCGCGCUCAUCGACAUUAACCUAUGCUCCUGCUCAUCAAAAGGUUAGAAAUGAAGAUGAUCCUCAAGAUGAACAAGAUGACGUUCUCCAAGAUGACGACGAUCUUCAAGAUGAUGACGAUCUUCAUUUUGAUAUUGAUGAUGAUCUCCAAUAUGAUCAAGAUGACGAUCUUCAACAUGAUCAAGUUGACGGUUCUCAAGAUGAUGAUUCUCAUGAUCCUCAGUACAAUGAAUAUGAUGAAGACCUUCACUGA